GUACGUGGAGACAACCUCGCUUUUGGUUGUGUGAGCUUGCACGCAGCGAUCUUGUGUGUGCUUGUGCCAUCGGCUUCAUGCGCGCAUCAUGAGUUCAAUAAAAAUUGGGAGCGAGUUCCUAGCUACGACCAAAACACGAACUACUCGUUGUGAAUGGUAAACAGGUGCAUGGCGCAUGGUGCAAACAGGAGCAUUCACUACAGUACGAGUUCGCUAGAGUAGCACGAUAAAAUAAAGUUUUCGCUGUUUUUUUUUUACAAUUUACGCAAGAUGUCCAGUAAUUCUGCUGUGAUAAGAUUUGGUUUUAAGGACCAUAAAGAGAUCAUGGACGCCAAAGCAGGUAACAAGAAACAUUCUGCAGUUUGCAUUUUCUGCUCAACCACAAAUCGAAUCACGGAGAGAUCGGGGACAAGUUCAGCAUUCACUAGGCAUUUAAGUCGUGCCCAUAAAGCCAAGUAUGAAGAGUACAUACGGAUGGGUAAAGAGCCUCAAGCAAGCAGCCGCCAGCAGGGCAUCACAGGAUUUUUAACACCAGGCGCCGGACCUUCAACCGGCACCCAGACUGUACAGGUGUACAAUAUCACACAUCCACGUCAGAAAGCGAUCAACAAUGCCAUCAUCAAAGACUUGAUUGUUGGAUGUUCAAUGCCACUGUCCAUCGUUGAGAACCUCCACUUUCGAAACUUCAUGAAAGUGAUAGAGCCAAGAUACACUCCGAUGGCCAGGUCCACACUUGGAAGUGUGAGGUUGCCUCAGAUGUACGAGGCAGGAAAGCACAAGAUCAAAGAUAUUCUUGGAGCUGUAUCAUCCGUGUCCAUCACCACAGAUAUUUGGAGUGAUAGAGUGAUGCGAUCUUUCUUGGGAGUGACAGUACACACCAUUAUCCCCAGCACUACCGGAUCUUUGAAGUUGACAUCGGCCCUGCUCAGUUGCCAAAGGUUCAAAGGUGCGCAUACAGGUGAGCGAAUUGCCACAGCAUUUGAUGAUAUCAUUGAGGAGAAUGGUAUCAAGAACAAGAUUGACUUUGUUGUCACGGACAAUGCAUCAAACAUGAAGGCAGCUUUCAAGGUCCGAUUUCCAACCCCCGAUGUGACUGAGGAAGCAGAAGAGGAAGGAGAAAAUGUCGAGGAUGAGGCGAUUUGGCAUGACCUUGAGGAAGAAGAUGAAGAGCAGGUAUUCACCAUCCUGGAAAACUCAUCGAAGCAGCGACUGUCCUGUUUUGCACAUAGUCUGCAGUUGGUGAUUGGCGAUGGGUUAAAAGAGACGAGGGGUUUGGCUACUGCCAUUGCCAGAGCAUCAAGAAUGUCAACAUUACUCCAUCGCAGUACUGUCUUCAAGGAAAAGUUUGAGAAGGCUUUUGGGACAAACAGGACAAUUCCAGCUUCCAAUACAACCCGCUGGAAUUCAACCCUUCAUCAACUGAAGGCCAUACUCACGCUUGAGCUGAGAUCAUUGGUUGAAGUGUGUGGCACAGGUUUCCCAGAGGUAGCGUAUACUGCUCGAGAGUGGAGCCAGCUGAGCGAGAUGUGCGAUGUAUUGACCCCUUUUGGAGAGGCUACAGAUUUAACCCAGGGUGAUCAGAUGGUUACAAUCAGCCUUGUGGUCCCAACCGUCCUAGACCUCAACUCACAUCUCAAGAAGAAGAGAGACAGUGCCAGACAUUGUAGACCCCUUGUCAAUACACUGUUGGCAUCACUACAGAGAAGAUUUAAGGGAAUAUUCCUGAAUUGCCAGAUGGCUGAACCCUCUCAAGGCAGCCAUGACGAGCCAUUUGUGGACAAGGUAUACCUCUUGUCCACAGUCCUUGAUCCACAGUUUAGCCUCCAGUGGGUAGACAUUGAUGUCGUCAUUGACACAGAUGCAUAUUCCCUCAGACACACCAGGGAGGAGUUGAAAGAAAUGUUGCAAGAUUUGGUCAUCACUGAGGCUGAUGCUAACUCUCUUUCUGAAGAUGCCCCCCCCCAUACCCAUGGUAUUUCAACAUCAAGUGAAGAGGAAGAGGAAGUUCCUGCGAAAGUUCCACGCCUCCUCGCCAAAUAUAGCCGACACAGACACAGAAGUGGGGGGCCUUCACAAGAGGACACAACUAGGCGGCAACUUGUGAAGUAUCUUCAGGUGGUCAGCGAAUCUCAAUCUACCCUGAGUGCCCUACAGUUUUGGCAGGACAUGGCCAAAAAGCUUCCAACCCUGUACAAGCUGGCAUGUAAAGUUCUCUCAGUGCCAGCAUCAUCUGCCCCUGUGGAGAGAAUCUUCAGCAGGGGAGGGAUCAUCAUGCGCCCACAUCGUGCACGUUUGUCAGCAGAGAUGCUGUCCAUGUUGAUGUUUCUGAAGUGCAAUGAAGAUAUUCUGUGA